AUGGAUGAUGACUUUAGAGACCCAACCAAACUUAUGAUUAACAGUAAAGAAAUAGAUAAAGUUAAAGCAUUUUCUAAAAUAAAAAAUAGUAUAAACAAUAUUUUCAAACAAAUAUUUUACAAUGAUAAUAAUAAUAAUUCUUACAUAUAUAAAAUAUAUACUCGAAUAGUGUUAUUGGCUUGUUUUUUUUCAUUUGUUGUCUCAUGGAAACAGAAUGCAGCUUUAAUAGGAGAAAAUGGAUUAACCCCAGCAAAGGAAUUCUUAGAAAACUUAUUUGACGAAUUAAAGAAUUAUGAUUUAUGGACAAAAUUUCAAAAAUUUCAUUCCCUUUUUUGGUUUAUCCCAACAACGGAUCUUGCCAUAAAUUUGUUGGCAAUUUUAGGAAUGGUAUUAAGUGCAGGGGCUUUAUUACUAAAUUGUAUAAACGUAAUUAGUGUAUUGAUUAUAUAUAUAUUGCUACAAAGUAUUUACAGUAUAGGAAAUGUAUGGUUUAAUUAUUCAUUUGAAAUCGAGCUAUUAGAAUUAGUCUUCCUUUGUCUAUUUAUAGUCCCAUUAACCCAAAAUUCAGUGAAAAAUAAAUAUUCGACAACAUUUUUAAUAAAGUAUGUGUGCCGUUUUUUUGUUUUUAAAGUGUUAUUAGGAACUAGCUUAAUAAGAUUUCGAAAUACCGAUGUAUGGGGAAAAUUAGAAGGAAAAUAUUAUUUAUAUGAAACACAACCAUUACCAACAAUAAUAUCUUAUUUUUUUCAUUCAUAUAAAUUUUUGAGCAAAUGUGAUAAUUUAUUUUGUAUAUUAUGUGAAUGCGUAUUUUCAUUUUUUCUUUUAUUUCCAAUAAGAUCAUUUAGAAUAAUAGGAGGUACAUUAAUAUUUUUUUAUUGUAUUCUUAAUUUUCUAAAUCAAAAUUCUUAUCUUUUUUAUUUCCUACUUUUAGCACCAUUGAUGUAUUGUUUUGAUGAUAAAAUAUUAUUACAUUUUUUUUUUAAAUCGAAAAAAAAUAAAAUAAUAAAUAUUAUUAUAGACAAAAUUAAGAAUAAACACAAAAGUAGACGAUAUUUCAAAAGUUUUGAUAUUUUUUAUUUUAUGGGACUAAAUGAAGAUGAAAUAUAUAACAUGUACGAUUCUUAUUUUAAUAUAGAUUAUAUAAAUAGCCAAAAUGGGUUAAAUAUAACACAAAAAAAUAAUAUUCAAGAUUCUGAUGAAGAAGAUGAAAAAGGGAAUGGAGAAUAUGAUUAUAAUGAUGAAGAAAAAGUAUUCUUAAAAUAUGACAAUUCACAAAAAAAUGGUAUUUAUUUUAAUAACAAAAAAAAAUAUAAUAAUAAUAAUAAUAACAACUUUUUUCAAGAUAUAAAAAAAGAUAUAUAUAACAUUUACAACUGGAUAUUCAAACAAAAGGGUUUAAGUUAUAUAUUAAUAAGUUAUAAUAUUUCUAAAGAUGUUUUUAUUAAUAUUGUAGGUUCUUUAGUUAUUUUUAUAUUUAAUUGUCUAGCUGUAUGCUUAAUCAAAAUAUAUAAUAAUAUUGAUUCACAUGAAGAUGGAAUUCAAAUGGGGAUCUCAAUAUUGUUCAUCACUUAUUUCAGUCUUUUAUUAAUUUAUUCAUUAUAUUUAUUUUUAUUUACAAAAAAUUAUAUAGCUCAUUUUAUAAGUCAGAUAAGCUUAUUAUUAUCAACAGUAUUAAUUUAUUCUUAUAAAAUAUUUAUAGAUGGUUUUUCAGAUAAAUACUACUCAUUUUUGUUUCUAUUUCAGUUAUUAUUUUUAUUUAUAUUAUCUGCUUUUUAUUUAAAUAAUAAAAAAUUUAUAUAUAAAUACUUAUCACAAUAUUUCUAUUUUAUUUUAUUUGCACAUUUUAUUUAUUCAUUUCUCCAAAAUAUUUUAUCUCCUAAUCAAAUUAUGAACGAAACCAUAAACAAUUUUGAGCUCAUGAAUAUUUAUGGCUCCUUUGGUCAAAUAAAUAAAACAAGACAUGAAAUAAUUAUACAAGGAACUAAUACAAAAAAAAUAGAUAAUAAUACGAUAUGGGAAAAUAUCGAAUUUAACUGUAAACCUGAUAAUAAUAUAAAAAAUUUAUGUUUCCCUAUUAAAUUUAUUUAUGGAUUUAUACCUAUUAUAUAUAUCGAUAGACUUGAUUGGCAUUUUAAUUCAUUGGGAUAUCAAAAUAAUAAAAAUAUUUUAGAAAAUAAAUGGUUUAAAACAUUUUUAAUUAAAUUAUCACAAAAUGAUAAACAAAUUAAUUCUUUACUUUACAAGAAUCCACUUAAUUUUAAUGAUAAUAAUAAUUUAGAAACUACAAUUUCUUUGAAAGUUUUAAAUGCAGUAUAUAAUUUUUCUCACAAAAAAGGAUCUGAAUGGUGGGACGUAUCUUCUUCUGAUACAAUAAUUGAACCCAAAGAUAUUCCAUAUAAAGAAUUAGACACAAAAAGUAAAAAAAAUAAUAAAUUGACAGCUAGCUUAAUAUCCUUUGAUAAUAAAUAUAAUGACAAUAUAAAAAAUGAAGAAAAAAAAAAUGAAGAAAAAAAAGAAACAAAUUAUAUGUUACGCCAAAAUAUUCGAGAUAUACAAACAAAAUAUCAAAAAGCGAUAGAAAAAAAUCAUGAAAAAAAAAAAAAAAAUUACUUAAACAAAAUAAAAAAAAACAACCAAAAUAAUAAUCAAGAUUUUUUAGCUAGCCAAAUAAAUAAACAAAUAAGAAGACAUAUAUUAUUACCACAAAUUUCGAAAAAUAAAAAUGUGUAUUUAAAAAAUGGUAUAAUGAAUAAUAAAGUAAAUAAUAUUUUGAAUCACUAUUCACCUAGUUUGCUAAAAAUACAAACAGCUAGCGAAUUUUACGACCCUAUAAAAAAUAUAAAAUAUUAUGACCAUUCAGGUAAAUUUGGAAAUAAAAAAUAUAAAUAUUAUGACCAUUCAGGUAAAUUUGGAAAUAAAAAAUAUAAAUUUUAUGACCAUUCAGGUAAAUUUGGAAAUAAAAAAUAUAAAUUUUAUAAACCAAAUAUAGAAAAAAAUACGAUAGAAGAAAAUGUAAAUUAUUUUAAAGAUAAUUUAAAUGAUCAAAAUUUGGAAAUAGCAGAUACAUUAAAAAAAACAAUAGACAAUGCUAUUAAUAGUUCUUAUGCUAAUUUUGAUGCAUUGAAUUAUUAUUCAGAUAAAAUAAAUAAAUUGGGUAUGUUGGAAAAUUACAAUGAUCAAAAUAAAUUAAUUCCGAAUUAUAUUUUUCAAGAAAAUACUCUUAUGAAUCAUCCUCAAAAUAAUGCAAAUGAUGAUGGAGUUUAUUUAAUCGAAGCUAUUUCAGAAAAUAUUGAUAAAGAUGGUAUACAAAACUUUUUUUGA